AUGAUGAAUAAGAAUAUAAUACGAACAUUGUCUUGUGGUAGAACACUUCUUAAUGAGAAGAAACCUGCUUUCAAUUUACCAUUUGUAAAGACGAUAUCAGAAGCUACCAAAUCACCGAUUAGAGAAUCAAUACCGAUUAAAAGACCAAUUGGAUUACCAGAACCAACGAUUAUAAAUAAACAUGCUGGAUCACUUAGUAUGGGCAAUCUCUUUAAGGAGAUCUUCAGUAGUGAAGGUAGAGAUAAACGAAGAGAACUGUUGAAUUAUGAUCUCAAACAUUCUAUUUUAUAUGAAAGUAAAUCAUUUUUAAAUACGAAGGGGAAGAUUUUCACUCCACCCAUAUCAUAUUUUAAGAAGGAGAAAUCAAGAUAUUUUGCCAAUUUCAAGGGUCAUAGAUUGAUUGAACCAGAUAUUAACUUUUAUGAUCUUUUAAAGGGGAAAGUGAAUGUGGUGAGAGUUUAUUCAAAGCAAUCUGCGUUUGAUUGUGUUAAAUCAUAUUUUGAAAUUGAUGGGAAAGAUUUAGCAGGGAAAGAUUAUAAUGAAUUUUUAACAAAGUUCAAUAGAUCACAAAUCAUUGAUAUUAAUUUACCUUAUAGAUGGUAUGAAGGAUACUUUUUAAAUCAAUCUAAGAAAUCUAUUUUAAAGAGAUUACCUAAGGAAAGGUAUGGAAAUUAUUUUAUAUUACCAUUACAAGAACUUCCAUAUAAAGUGAGAGAAGAAUUGAUGUGUGAUAACAUGUGUGCCGGAUACAUUUAUGUUAUUGAUGAAGAUGGAAAGAUUAGAUGGUGUACCAGUGGUAAAGCCAAUGACGAAGAAUUAGAGUUUUUAUGGAUGUGUCUUGAAAGAUUAGAAAAGGAAUUAGAUAUUGAAGAAGUUGAUCAAGUUAAGACUGACAAAGUUGAAUGA